UUCAUCGCACAGCUGAGAAAGUGACCUUGACCUUCACUCAAGGACUACUAGGCAGGGCAGAGGUUUGUUGCAGGAAAUAAUUUGGGUUUUAUCAAAUAAAUAAAGCAGAGCAUCUAUUCUUUUGGUAGUGCAUGAACAUUUAAAAUGUCUGUGCAAUCAGAUAUAGAUAAAAGGAAGCAAAUCAGUAUACGUGGAAUUGCUCCAGUUGAAAAUGUAUCAAACAUCAAGCAUACUUUCAACAGACAUCUUCACUAUACCCUGGUAAAGGAUAGAAAUGUUGCUACUCCAAGGGAUUACUACUUCGCUUUAGCACAUACUGUGAGAGACCAUUUGACAGGAAGAUGGAUAAGAACCCAGCAGCAUUACUACGAGAAGGACCCAAAG